UGUUUAGGAAGACCUAAAUCUCCGUGGUGCACGGAGGUGAUAGAACCACAAUGAAAUGUAAUGGUAUCUCGGGGCUUGCUAUGGACUCACCAAUUCAAUUGGAAUUCACCAAUUGGGUGUAUUUGAUAACAAAACCGUUAUCAUCUUCCAGUGUGGUACGUCUUUACAGGAGUUCACAAUUGAUGCAAUUAUAGACUGUAUUUCCAGCAGCCCUCUAAAGGAAGGUACCAGUUAGACUGCGUUCUUUGGUGUGUUUGACAAAAGUCUUCAUCAGGGGAAUAGUAAAAUAAUGAGUUGAAACAAUUCUGCCUCUCACUAGAUUUCCCUCCCUCCCCUCUGCCCACUUGUAUCGAUCUCUUCUCAGUGUUCAUUGUGAAUUAACGUCAGAGUAAACAUGCAGGGAAGAGAAGGAAGAUUAUGCGCUGGGAAAGAUCAUAACUACCUGUUAGUUCUUGUGUAGAGAUCUAGAAUCUGUUCUAAAUAAUAGUGGUUGCAUACAGUUCCCCUUAUGACUAAUAUUUUUUCCAAAUGAAAGAAAAACUAACAUCAUCUUUUUAAAAGUUGUUUCUGUUUUUGGAUGUGAUGGUACAGUGGCAUCCUCUUUUAUAGAGGGAAACUGAACUUGCCCUCUGAGUUUCUUUUCUGUCACAUAUCCCUGAGGAAUGAUCAAAAGAACACCUGGAUGGCCAGAUGAUAUUAAAAAAAUAAAUAAAAUGCUUCAGACUAACUGAACAGCGGCCGUCUGGCUGCAGGGCGGUAUGUUUUGAAGGGGAACCUGUAAUAUUCCAACUGUCCUGAGUUGGAAGCUGACACCUCUGCAGACAGCUAUUUGCUUCUGUGUGGGUUGACCAGCUAAUGGAUUCAGCGCAUGCAGCGUCUAAUAAAACCUGUGAUUACAGGUUCUCGUCUCUCCUAACACACUGUUUCUUGCUCAGCGUAAAGCUAUGAAAAUUCUCCAUGCAAAUGAUAUCCAGUGAAGACUUGAAAUGGGCUGUGUCCUUGAGCUAAGCUCUGAGGAACUGCAUGGGCCUCAUGGAAGCUGCUGUGGCUGUAAUAAUCAACAGCUGGGUGCAUCUGAUGAGUUUGGUGGUAAUGCACCUAGAACUACCUUGUUUCAGUCUGUACGGGUGGGUGCUCGUACUUGGAAUCAGGUGUUAGUGAGAUGACAAAAUGCUGGUGUAGUGCUUGGUCAGAGGAAGAAAUACAGGUGCUACUAGUAUCUUAGUAAGGUCACCUUCCCUUUUUCUAAAAAAAAAUGAAAAGAUAUACAGAAAAUGGGUUGUGGUGACACUGUUUGUUUUUAAUCUAACUGCAAUGCAGAAAUUAAUUGUAGAGGUUUUGAAGCUAGCAAAACUGUGUAGAGUGAAGCAUGAUCCUCUGGCUAGUUGCCGUUCAGAAAUAAUGCUCUGAACUCUGGGGAAGUUUUACCUCUGAAAAGGAGCCAGGACUUGUUCUGAGUUGGCAGACUUUGUUGGAAGAAAGAAGGCAAGCAGACCAACCCUCCAGACCCAACCUCUGCUUUCUGGUACAAGUAAGCCUAUGGUUGGUUAACUUUGCUAUCGUAUCGUGUAACAGCAGCAGCGGCUGCAGGUAAGUUGUGUGCCAGUCCUGUGGCUCUUCCUACCAGCACAGCUGCUCCCUGCUCCCACCCCUCAGAGGACAACUCUGAACCCCUGUAUUGGGAACAUAGAGACUGUAAGCGUCUGGAGCAGAGGGCUCUGAAGUGGGAGUGGAGCACCAAUUCCUACAGAAUAUAUAUAUAUAUAGCUGCAUAUAGCUGAAGCCAUCAACAAUAUUAACCCUUAUCACUAAUACGUAGCUCAUGUGCUGUGCUUACUGAAUUCUGUUGUGUGCUAGUCUCCUCUGGACUUCCUUCUCCAUCUGUGGGAAAUACUGAGCUUGUAAGCUUUAAGGAUGAAUUUUUCCUGUCUUCUGUGUUCUGUCACACUUCAGCCCCUUCAUCAGAGAACAUUUCAGAUCCACCUUUAUUUUUAGAUCUUGAAUAUCUUACAGCAGGGGUUGUCAUGUGUAUCCACCUAGUGAAGUAAUGGGAUGAUGUAAAAUCGUGAAAAGCUUGAGAUGUGUUACUACUAGCAAGGUUCUGUCCCGUUAAGGAGAUGAAAAUGCUGUUAGCUGCAAGGUGGAAUAGUUUAAUCCCAGAUGAUUUACUUAAUGUCUAUAACUCUCGCUUAAUAUUUUCAUUUUGCUGCAUGAUUCAUCUUUAAACAGGGGGGAAAAAAGGGAUGUCAAUUUUAUUCCAUGAUUUCAGUGUAGUUUGGAUUCCUGCUUAUCCUCCUUGGAAUUUGAAUGUUAAAAGCCUUUUUAAAGAGGCCAUCUGUUCUUCAGGAAAGAUUCCUGACCUUAGUAUUAAUUUGGAGCAUUUCACCAUCUUUUCUGCGGCAUGACCCUUGGAAUGGAUUUCGUACCAAAGCAUUGCUUUAUUGCUCAGUUUAACUCCAGAAACUGUUUAAACUUAGUAUCCAUCUCUGUAAGCUUUCAAUACAUCUGUCAUACGCAGUAACUUCUCCCUGAACUAUCUGGGACUUGAGAGAAGCUCUAGGCUCCUGGCUUCAGUGCAUUUCUCAGUAUUGCUGCUAAUCUAUUUCUUUAAGCUGUGGAAAGAGCACGUUAGCUCUGGCUGCACCCAGUGGGGUCUGUGGUGCAUGUCCCCUCUGUGAGGAGUCUAACGUCACUCUCAGAACGAGGGUGAGGUUCUCACAGUGAAUGUGGCUUGAAGUCUGCUAAGAAAUGGGUGGGAAGGGGUAACUGACUUUGUUGCCAAGCACAGAAUUUGGUUUUCUAGCUUUCACUUUGAAGUGGGAACUGAUUUUGAUGCAUAUGUUGCAAAGCAGUGACAAUUUCUUUUAUACUGAAAUAGCUUAGUUAUAGAAUUCGUUACUUAAAGACUGUUACAAAAACUGACAUACCUCAGCAAGCAAAGAGUCCAGUAAGCAGAACCGCAUAUUUGUCAGUAAAGAUUCUAGUUAGAGACUCGUUUCAGAUUGUGGUAUAGCCUGCACAGGGGUCCUGGUUUGUCCACUGUUUUUAAAAAAGUCUUCCCCACCUUGCAGCAGUGCUUUUUGAAAGCUUUUGUAGUGAGACGUGUGCCCUUCACUUGUUACAUACUGUCUUAUUGUGAAGUCAGGUGUUCAAAACCACUAACCUUGGAGUAUUUUGGAGUACUUAGCGUUCCUUAGCCAACUCGGAUUGUGAGGGAAGAGGGGACAAUGAAGUUUCUGCAGGACAAGUUUAAUCACUGCAUGAGCAGCUCCCUGCCUCGAAAUUCACAGCACUGCAUUGCUGAACCCCUGUAAGUUAGCAGGUACUGCCAUACGUACACCACCCGUAGGUACUGCUCAGAACAAUACCGCCCUUCCAACGGGAUGCGUAUUAGCGCUUCUGAGCUCUUCAGCUUUCUUCCUGUGCUGUGGCCGGAACACCUACUUUCUUUGAGAAACAGCAUACUUUGUGCUGUCCUCCCGAAGGGCUUGCGCAUAUGAAUCGGUCUGUUUCAGCUUUUGUGUACUUCAUGGACAUACCUCCUCGUCUUCCUGUUCAACUGUCUGCCUAAAAAAUGGAUCAAGACGUGAACUCAGCCCUCCCAGCUUUACUUAGAAAGCAGGCGGCAAGUUAAAAGUACCUGCAAGAACAAGUGCAUUGGAUCAGAAGGUGCUUGCAGUCUGAAAGCUGCUGGUACUCGGAUGUCUUGGAGUACUGGGACGUCUUGGAGAAGAGGAAGAACACGUGGAGAUGGAUUUGGAAGUCUUGAAGUACAGGGUGUUUGAGCAGUGUCACAAUAACUUGGAUUCUAACCAGCAGGAGACAUGGCACUGCAGUUGCUGGCUUGCUCCACAGCGGACGAAGGGCAGUGUGUUGUCAGUCCUGGGUGUGAAUCCUUACUCAGGAGAGCGGUAAAAGCGCUCUGAGCAGUUGCUGCUCAGAUUGAGACCUGGGGUUGGCUGCUGUGUGGGCUGGCUGCACGCGGCUUCCCCUCGCUGCCGUGGAGGAACUUCCUCUGAAACUCUCUCGAUGGAAACGACUGCUCUUGGAACCAGCGCGGCGCUUCCUCUGGAAUUGUUUUCGCCAACGUCGACAGGAAUUAAGCUCCAAAACAUGCCACAAUGGCAACUGCACCUUACAACUAUUCCUACAUCUUUAAGUACAUCAUUAUUGGGGACAUGGGUGUAGGAAAGUCCUGUUUGCUUCAUCAAUUCACAGAAAAGAAAUUUAUGGCGGACUGCCCCCACACAAUUGGUGUUGAAUUUGGCACAAGAAUAAUUGAAGUUAGUGGCCAAAAAAUUAAACUACAGAUCUGGGAUACAGCAGGACAAGAGCGAUUCAGGGCUGUCACACGAAGCUACUACAGAGGAGCAGCAGGAGCUCUCAUGGUCUAUGACAUUACCAGAAGAAGUACGUAUAAUCACUUAAGCAGCUGGCUGACAGAUGCAAGGAAUCUCACCAAUCCAAAUACUGUGAUAAUCCUCAUAGGAAAUAAAGCAGAUCUGGAAGCACAGAGGGAUGUUACGUAUGAAGAAGCCAAACAAUUUGCUGAAGAAAAUGGUUUAUUGUUCCUUGAAGCAAGUGCAAAAACUGGAGAGAAUGUUGAAGAUGCAUUCCUGGAGGCUGCCAAGAAAAUCUACCAGAAUAUCCAAGAUGGAAGCCUGGAUCUGAAUGCUGCAGAAUCGGGUGUACAGCACAAACCAUCGGCUCCGCAGGGGGGGCGACUAACCAGUGAACCCCAGCCCCAGAGAGAAGGCUGUGGCUGCUAGUGACCUCUGUUUCAUGGCUUCAUUUCUGACCUUUCACCUGUCUGUUGGGAGCAGUGCUUUUGAUUGCUUCCAUGUCUUCUGUACAUCUUAUUGGGUUUAAUUAAAACUGAAACAAGUUUAACACAAUACUAAACUGCUAAACAACUUUAGAUGUAAUCAGGUUAUCAAAGGCAAGUAGAGUAAUAAAACCUCUCCUGCAUGGUAAAUCUAGAAGUUUUUUUUCCUUGAUUGUCCUUGUGAUAGUGUCACAGAUACGUAAUUUAAACUGAGCACUGAUGCUGGACUCAUGAUUUUACACUUUUGCAGGGCUUUGUCUUGUACGGUUUAAUUUUAUGGUUCUUCAGCCUUUCUUCCCCACCUCUAACUGUGUAGAGCUGUCCAUAGUAAAGGAUAAGUUUUUUGCUGUGAAAUGACUUCUGAUGGUAGAAAGGGGCUCUGUAACGAUGUGCUUGUUGAAAGAAUUCCCUGUGGUGUGCAUGUUGGGGGCAGGGGUGGGCUGGCACAGGAGUGUACAACUUGCACAGGGAAACAAACCAUUCAUUCUUGUGCUCAUAGCUUUACAUCAUUUUUUUGCCACUUUUAUCCUUUACAUUUGUUAACAGAACGUAAAUAUGUAUAAAAUUUGAAGGAACUGAGCUAACAGUUAAAUACAUCCUGUGUAUAUGAUUUUAAUGAAGAAAAUGAUUACUGGCAUUAGAACAGUAUAUAAGAAAGUAUCAGUUUGUACAGUAUGACCUAUAUGUGGCCACAUGCCCCCUUAGUACAGAUAUAGGUGUAACUGCAGUUCACUAACAUAGGCUUAACUCCUCGGUGUUGACAGUGGACAUUGUGCUGGGGGAACUCUAAUCUCAAUGCAGAAAUUAACACUAGUGGAAUCUGUCAUUCAUCUUUGCACUGUGGUAUAUCUAUGCCAUUUUAUUAAUCCUGUUCUGUGCAAUCAGCAGUGUGCUAACCUGCUUUCUUCUGUAAGCAUUUUGCAUUAUUGGGCUUCAUUACCUGCCUUGCAUUGUAUACAAAGGCUGGUUCUCUUGCACACCUUACGCUUUUAUACCUUUAACUUUUUCAAUGGUCAGAUACUGAACUGGACAGUCAAAACAACGUGCUCUCUAGGGAUUUUUAGCUACUGUUGUAUUUUAACAGUACCGUGUGAGGGUUCCUUUUAAGACUUGGGUUUCUUCAGAGAGUACAUCCUUAACAGGGUGACCCAACCUGUAAUACUUCUAUAAAGGGGAGAUGUCAAGUGGUGACCGUGCACAUAUGGAUUUUGUAGAACUGCAUGUGGGGUUUACUAUGUUGUCAGAAUUAAAUGUGUUGCUCUCUAUGCAGUACUGUAUUUCACAUGCAGCUUCACUUGGAAAACAUCAAAUACGACUUCAAAAUGGAAGGGGUAAGUGUUUAACUGAUCAAAUGUCCAACCUUUAGUCUUGCUGCAGUGUUUAAAAUACAAAGUAGUCUUAAAAUCUCUCUCUAGACACUAAAACUAUACAAUGUUCAGACUUGUAAGUCAACAGUGGUACCAGAGUAUUGUACAGUCAAUGUUAAAUAAAAAGCCAAAACUGGAAUGUGCAAACAAUAGGAUUUGGGUAACUUGUGCACUGUCCCUUUGUUUUGUCUGGUAGUCUUUUUUUUUCUUAAACUAAUAUUCUUAAAUAGAUGGCUAUGUUCAAAUCUACAGCUAAAGUGUCCUGCUUAAACCAAGGUUGCACCACAAAGGGUUUGCCCAGGGACCAUGACCUGCUGCUGACAUGAAGUUCGGAAGUAAAUGUUCUAAUGACUACAGCUUGUUGAGGUGCAAUACCUGUAUUCCCAGAAUAAGUUACAGUAGGUCUUAUUGUUUCUGUCACAGAAAGGAUUUGUUUGGACUGCUGUACUCCUCAUUUGAUGUAACAAUGCUAUUAAUCUAAAUAUUUGUAAAUAAAGUACCUGUAUCUAGAUAAA